CAGACACACAAGGCGCCAUUGUUUUUUCGUGUCGGUGACUACGAAGGAAGCUUUCUGCUCCCUCGCCUUCGAUGGAUGUUGAAACGUUUCUCCACAAUCUCCGUGCUCGGGUAUGUUGUACUAUCUGUAAAAACAUAUUCACGGACCCAAAACAGCUCCCGUGUCUCCAUGAUUUCUGUCUACAAUGCUUGGAACGUCGGCACGAAACAAGCCAUGGUCGAGACACAAUCAAAUGUCCGGAUUGCCAAGCUCUUAGCACAGUGCCCGAUAGUGGCGAUUUGAAAGAUCUACCGACCAGUUAUUAUCUGAACGGCUUGAUUGAUAUUUUAGCCAUUAAAGAGCGAAAAACCAGCCAAGUACGGUGUGGAAAUUGCGACAAGAAAAGCUCUCAGAGUUUUUAUUGUUUCCACUGUUGCAUUUUUUAUUGCCAAGAAUGCGUCAAGGGACACAACAUCCUUCGAAGCAACAAGGAUCAUCGUGUUCUGGCGCUCAAAGAUUUCCAAGACAAGGACUUUGAGGAUGUGUUGAAACGACCUUCUUUCUGUCCACAGAAGUGGCACGAGAAAGAAGAGCUGAAAUAUUUUUGCAAGAAAUGCGAGAUGGCAGUUUGCCAAACCUGUGUUGUGAUAGAUCAUGCAGGUCACGCUUUGGUGAGCAUAGAUGAAGAAGCUGAAAGAAGAAAGAUUGAAAUCGAAUCACUGCUUAAAGCACAGAAACGCAGUUUACAAGAAAAGAUGAACGCUCUUGAUAAAAUUGAUGAAGAAUGUGCUAAAAUAAUAAAACAUCGCGAAGACGUGAAAAGAGAUGUUCAAAAGUUUGUGGAUAAGUUAAUUGCAACUAUUGAAUCGAAGAAGGAAAAUAUCAUAGCGGCAGUAGAAAACGAAGCAAACGAAACUGUAAUCGCGCCAAAGAAGGAGAUGGAGAACCAGCUCGCCUCAUUAGAAUCAUCAUUAGAAAGAGCUGAGAAACUGUUAUCGCAGGGUGCUGAUAUCGAUGUCGUUCAACUGAGUCAAUUUAUGGAGUCCAUGCUCUUCGACGAGGCUGAUCAGUUACAGCCAGCAGACCGUGAUCUUGACAGGCUGUCUGCUAUGGUUUUCGUGGGAAAUGAAAGUUUAUUGGAAACUAUCAGCACCGAAGGAAUAGGAACAUUGCAGCUUCAUGGUUUCAAAUUGACUGAUUCCUCGAAAACACUACUUUGCACACUGGCGUCUAAGAACGACAUGGAUAUCAAAACGUUGCUUCAUAACCUUCGCGAAGAAGUUUCGUGUUCAGUGUGUACUACCAUAUUCACGGAUCCGAAACAGCUCCAAUGUUUACACAGUUUCUGCCUGAAGUGCUUGAAGCAAUGGCACAGAACAAGUCAUGGCCAAGACACAAUCAGAUGUCCGAAAUGCCAAGUUUUCAACAAAUUGCCGGAAAGUGGCGAUCUGAAAGAUCUACCAACCAGUUUUUACCUGAACGGCCUGAUUGAUGUAUUAGCCAUUAAAGAAUGUAAAAACAGUCAAGUACAGUGUGGAAAUUGUGACAAGAAAAGCUCUGAGACAUCUUAUUGUUUCCAGUGUUGCAUAUUUUAUUGCCAAGAAUGCGUUAUUGGACACAACAUCAUGCGAAACAACAAUGAUCACCGUGUUCUAGCGCUUAAAGAUUUUCAAGAAAAGGACUUUGAGGAUGUGUUAAAACGACCGUCCUUUUGCACAAAGCAGCGACACGAGAAAGAAGAGCUGAAAUAUUUUUGCAAAAAUUGCGACGCGGCAGUUUGUCAAACUUGUGUUUUGAUGGACCACGCAGGUCACACCUUGGAACACUUAGAAGAAGAAGCUGAGAGGCAAAAGAUUGAAGUCAAAUCACUGACUGAAGAACAGAAACGCAAUUUACAAGCAAAGAUGAACACUGUUGGUCAGCUCGAAGAGGAAUACGCUCGAUUGAUUCAACAAGGCGAAGACGCGAAAAGAAAUGUUCAUAGAUUUGUCGAAGACGUGAUCGCAGUCAUUCAAGCCAAGAGGAAAAAUACUAUUGCAAAGGUUGAAAGCCAAACAAAAGCAUCCCUUCAAGCUUUAACAGCUGAGAAAACGGAGACUGAGAGUCAAAUAAAGAGCAUUGAAUCAACGCUGGCAAAAACCAACGAGCUUUUGACGAGAAGUACAAACGUUGAUGUCGUUCAACUAAAGAAGUCAUUGUGCGCGAUCAUUGCGACUAAAAAUGAAAACCAACCAAUUACGCGUGACCCGAAUAAAUUUCCUGCUGCAGUUUUCAUGGAAAAUCGAAAGGUGCUGGAUACCGUCAACUGCGAAGAAAUUGGAAGUGUAAUAAGUGCAUACGACAAAACGGAAGCAGGAAUGUCUGUUACGGAGGGCAAAGAACUGAGCGAAGCUUUUGUAGGACGUGAGGUAGAGUUUGUUUUGGUCACGAAAAACGCUCAAGGACAGCAAUGUUAUUUUAAACAUGACAAUGUAACAGUAGAGAUCGCUGACGAAAGACAUUUAAAAUGUGCCACAGACGUGCGAAUAAACAACAAUGAAGACGGACACUAUCAGAUCAGCUACUUUCCAAGAGAUUCAGGCAGAUUCAAGGUGACAGUCAAAGUAAAUGGAGAACAAACCCUCGGAAAUCCUCUGAUUGUGCAGGUAAAACAGUUUCAGUUAAUACCAAUUUCAACUUUUGGAACUUUCGGCUUGGAUGUUGGAAUGUUACAUAAGCCUAGUGGUUUGGCAGUAAGUGCUAGUGAUGAGAUAGCUGUAACCGAUUCUUUGAACCACAGAGUUCAAAUCUUUAACGCUGAUGGACUUUUUUUAAGAUCUUUUGGUCGACAAGGUUACGGAAUGGGAGAGCUUAACACACCAAAAGGAAUUACAUUUCACAAAAAUGGGAAUAUUUUUGUGGCAGACAGAGAUAACCAUAGAGUCCAGAUUUUCAGUGGAGAGGGUGAAUUCCUGAGAAAAUUUGGCGGAGAAGGAAGCCUCGAUGCUCAGCUCCUUUAUCCCCGCGGUUUAUCAGUGGAUAGUGAUGGUAAUAUUCUUGUUACUGAUGUAGGUAACAAGCUAAUCAAAAUCUUUUCUCCUGAAGGAAAGUUUUUGAGAAAGUUUGGUGGGCACGGCUCUUUAAAUUUUCCCGUCCACUGCGUUCAAUAUGAUAGAUAUCUCAUAGUGUCAGACAAAGGCGACCAUUGUAUUAAAGUAUUUGACCAGAAUGGAACCUUUCAGUACAAGUUUGGAAAGCAGGGGGGAGGGGACGGGGAGUUUCAAGAUCCCUUCGGUUUGUUUGUGAACAAGUCAGGACACCUGAUGGUCUGCGAUGCACGUAAUCACAGAGUGCAGGUGUUUGAAUUGAGUGGAAAGUUCGUUGGUAAAUUUGGAACAAAAGGCACUGGUCCUGGAGAAUUGAAUACUCCAAGAUCGAUUUCAGUGCUAAAUGAUGGCCGCAUUAUUUUGUGUGAGCUGAGAAAUAAUCGCUUUCAGCUACUCACGUUUGGUGACAAAACUCCAGCUGCCUCAAGCAGAGAUGACUCGGUCUGA